ACACCAUGGGCGCCCCCUUCGACUAUGCCCCGGAGCGGCCGGAGCACAUCCAGAACAUCCUCGAUGGCCUCGACCGCUACAACCCCGAGACGACGGGCGUCUUCCAGGACUAUGUCAUGCAGCAGUGCGAGAGCCAGACGUACGACUGCUACGCCAACCUGGCCCUGCUGAAGCUCUACCAGUUCAACCCGCACCUCGCCCGCGACGAGACCAUCACCAACGUCCUCGUCAAGGCCCUCACCUUCUUCCCUGGCCCAGACUUCUCCCUCGGCCUCUCUCUGCUCCCCAGCCACGUCCUAGCCCCCCUCUCCUCUGCAGCACACAACCCAGCCGCCGGCGACGCCCCAUUAGCGGAAGCUGUGCAGAAGCUCAAUGAGCUGCGCAACCUGCUCGAGGGCGCCGACUACUCUGCCUUCUGGGAAACCCUCAACUCGGACGACCUCUACGCCGACUUGAUUGCCGAUGUAGCUGGCUUCGAGGAGCUGAUGCGCGUGCGCAUUGCCGCCACCGCCAGCCAGGCCGUGCGCGAGGUCGACGAGAACAUUCUGCAGUCCUGGUUGAACCUCUCGGGCAGCGAGUUUGAGCACUUCGUUGGGAGCGUGUGUGGCUGGAACGUCGAGGACGGCAAGAUCAAGAUUCCUCUCAACAAGGACAACGAGGCCAAGGGUACGGUUGUGAGGGAGAACGUCAACUUUGACCAAUUCUCGAGGGUUAUCAAGAGGGCGUAUGAGCAGCCCGCAUGAGCGACAUGAUAGACAUGAUAAGACGACUUGACGGUCGGCACAGCCCGUAUGAGGCGAAGCAAAAAGGUGGCAUCCGGCGUUUGACGGGGAUAUAGCAUCGGCAUGCAAAUGAGACAUGCCCAGCAUCUUCGACAGCAAUCAAACAUGGACGAGCGUAGAGGCUCACGAUAUACCCAGCAGUACAUUGCGAUGACUGUGCUCAGGUGCCAUUGGAGGAUCGAUGUAGGGAGGAAGACCUUGUUCCAUACUCUCCCAGGCUUAAGUAGUCACGAAUAACAGCCGACUCGAG